AUGCCGGAAUCCUCACAUGCUGGCUAUAGCCAGUCUUUUGUCCCUUUCUCCCGUCUCCCAGCUGAAAUCCAAAUCUACAUUCUGGAAUUAGCCACAGGUGACUCCUCAUUUUUAUGGGCGGAAUGGUCGGGCCCAGGACUGAGCAUGCUGGCACCGAUGGUCACAAUACCAGAGCUCGGCGAGGGUGACCUACCUGGCCUCAUCCCGUAUUCUCUCCCCGACGGUAUGCCAAAGACUCUACCCGGUUUCCCUCUGCCAGGUGGACUUCCAGACCCGUCGGCAGAUGCGUGGGUUGAUUGGGAGACCUACGAGACCAUGAUGCAGCCCAAGCAAAGUAAUUUGAGCCGAUUGACCAGUUCUUUGAUCAAGUCUUUGAGACAGACUACAUUGACUGAUGAAAAUCGUCAAAAUUCUCUGGGGUAUAACCCGUUGCUAGAAUACUUGAGAACAUUCUCCCUGAGUCGCAAAAUCGCCUUCUCCAGGGCCAUCCUCAGGACAAGCCAGAUACUCCCGGCCAACACAACAUCACACAGCAGUAGGCCAGUAUUUCACCCGCUAAAUCAUGGGGCAUUGAGCAGCAAUGUUUUCAAAGACCUGAGAACGGGGAGAAAUUGCUUCGCCUUCGUUCUUGGCAACGACAGGUCUGCUGAGAUGCUUGAAUCUUCGAUGCUGCAGAAAGUCACCGACCCCAGCAAACAGUACACAUUUGUUUCGGCUAGGCUUGCUGAUAUUGAGCGCUGCAUACUUGGACAUCGACUGAGCUUCUCUCCUGGGCAGCAAACGCUGGACAGGAGCAGGUUCAAGCAGGUCGAUUGGGCCAUGUGGUGGACGCCCGAGCUGGGCGCUCGCGCGAGGCGACCGGAGGCAAACCAUCCCUUCUUCAUACCCCCCGAGACCAUCCUUUCGAUAUAUUGCGCUAUCCUACAUCGUUUGAUUGGCGAUUACUCUCACACUACAAGAAACUGCCCUGCGGAGCAUGAAUAUGGAGACGCCAUGUAUUGCUCCGGUGAAUGGUACUUCCGGCUCCUGGAGACGGGAAAAUGCAGUCGCUGCGGGAAGUCGUUGUUGAAUGAUCUUCUCCAUAAUUUUCCCCAGCUUGUAGACGAAGAUGGCCAUAUUGAUGUCUUAAUCUUGCUAGAGAGAGGUGCUUUUGAGAGGCCAGAGCUGACGAUGGAUACAAGAAGCUAUGAGUUAUAUGUUUGA